AUGGCCUUCCUUGGCCUCGAGACGCUGGCGCAGAAGAGUAUCUUCUGCGUCUACAUUGGCCUCUGGGUGAGCUACGGCCUUCUGAACGAGUACGCCAAGCGCAGCCACAUCGAGUUUCACUCGGCGACGGCAGUCCUCGCGCAGUGCGUCGUCAAGCUCGUGCUGGCCGUCGGCCUCUUCACGUCGCAGGACGG